GAGUUGGGAAGAGCACACAGACAAAAACCUAUGCCUCCAAAGCCAGAAGAUCUAGCAGUCAUCUGUUUCACCAGUGGAACAACAGGAAACCCCAAAGGAGCUAUGAUCACUCAUCAAAACAUAGUCAGCAAUGCAUCAGCUUUCGUGAAAACUACAGAGAAAACAUUUAUGCCUUCCUCUGAUGAUGUUCUGAUAUCAUUCCUGCCCUUGGCUCACAUGUUUGAGAGAAUUGUUGAGUGUGUGAUUCUGUGCCAUGGAGCUCGGAUAGGAUUCUUUCAAGGGGAUAUCAGACUACUUAUGGAUGACCUAAAAACACUGCAGCCAACUGUAUUUCCUGUGGUACCAAGACUGUUGAACAGAAUGUUUGACAAGAUUUUUGGACAGGCAGAUACUUCACUAAAGAGGUGGAUGUUGGAUUUUGCUUCCAAGAGGAAAGAAGCAGAACUCAGAAGCGGCAUAGUUAGAAAUAACAGUUUCUGGGAUAAAGUCAUCUUCCGUAAAAUACAGGCAAGUUUGGGAGGAAGAGUAAGGCUGAUGGUCACAGGAGCUGCACCUGUAUCUGCAAGUGUACUGACCUUCCUGAGAACAGCUCUUGGCUGUCAG